AUGGAUAGGAGUAGAGAGGCUGGAGAGCAGGGGGGAGUUGCUGGUGGAGGAGUGGGGACUCACCAACCAGCCAACCCUACGCUACCUACUUCUUCUCUACCAUCUUCUACUACCGUGGAUCCUGUGAAAGCUUUCUCUAUUGAGAAAUUCAUGGGGGAGGACUACGAGCACUGGAGUUUCCGCAUGAGGCUGAUGUAUACCCAAUACAAGCUAGUGGAUUUGGUGGAGGGAAAGGAGAAGAUACCGGAGGCCGCGGAGCUGAAAGGAGCGUGGAUGAAGCGAUCGUUCGACGCGUACAUGCUCAUGGUGCAAGCGGUGGGCGGACGACAACUUGACCACAUCAAGGACCUCUUGGGUGAUCCAGAGUGUGGCCCCAAGGCUUGGAGGAAGCUUUUGGAUGUGCACUCACCGACACAUGCUACCGGCAUCGUGCUACUUGCGCGGCGGCUGCGCGACAUCAAGUUCGUUGAUGGAGAGCCGAUGCAACCGGUGUUGGUGUACCCGGAGCUCGUGCAAUGCGUGGAGAUCGUGAUACGGGUGCCGGAGUCAUGGUCUGCCCUAGCGAUCAACCUCAACUCCCAACAACCCCAAUGGAGCGUGGAUUACAUUUGCGCGCGCAUUCUAGAGGAGGACCUGCGGCGGCGGAGUGUGGAGCGCUCGGAGGAGGGGGCUGGCUAUGGAGUUAGAGGUGAAAAGAGUGGCUUCAAGAAGAAGUGGAAGGGCAAGAAUAAGGAUAACCCUAAGGAGGAUGGCGGCGGGGGUCAAGGGGAGGUGUGCUUCUACUGCAAGAAGCGCGGACAUCGUUGGCGGAAGUGCUACCAACGACCCAAGGAUUGGACCCCGCCUUCAUCAAGCAACCAGCGUGGUGGCACAAGGAGUGGGGGAGUCAUGGGAGCUAGUGGAGAGGAGAAGGAUGAGGAGAAAGGCGGCAAAUCUGAGGAGCGGAAGGCCGGGUUCUUCUUCUUUGUGAACGAAGGGGCAACCGACCACGCUAUGGCUGCCAAGCUGCACCUUGAUGAACUCCAUGGGUCAGAGCUGACCAGUGACCACAUUGGCGGUGGUGAGCAGCAAGACGCUGGUCCUACUGCGGAGGAGGGGUUGGAGGAUGAGUCGGCACGUGUGGACUCACCAUCUCAGCCUGAGCCUGCUGCAAACGCCAAGGUCACCAAGAGGAGUGUGCAGAGAGGAGCUUCACCACAUGGGCAGCAGACUGUAGCCCGUGAGAAGAGAGUGGCAGCAGCACCCUCAAGGCUGAAUCCAUUAGUCUGA